GGCUUCCGCGGCAUAUCCGCCAGCCUUUCUAUAUCUCACUAUGACAGCAUAGCCACACUGCGAGGCAUCGCACAUUGCACCUCAUAUAAGCUCGAAUCAUCAGACUUGCGCGUGUCGUCUGUCAGGUAGAACGAUGGUGUAUUGAUGGAGGCCUCGCAACAUGAAACGGUUUUGGGUGGGUGUCGGCCUCGGGCUGGAGCCAGCCACACGGAGGUCGAUGGCAGCUGUGCGCACAUGCAGCCUCUCUACCCUCGACGUCCAGCUCCGACACGAACCUACUUUUGGACAUCCAUCAGACGCAGAUGUCAGACAUACUGCGCGCGUUCAUGAUGGAUAUCCCCAUCGAGCCAGCACCAGCGGAUGCGUGCUAAGAGAGCGCAGCAUCCACGGUGUACAUUCUUCUAAACGCCGGUUCUUUCAACCAGUUAACAGUAUACACGACAGUGAGAAGCGCUGUGGUACAAAGAAAACGUGUGUUCGGCUUUGUUACAUGAGGCCUCCAGCUUGCAACGACCGCUGCUGCGUUAGAGAUCAAGUUAGAGCUUUUAUCACGGCAGUUGGCGAGCUGACCGACGACGGCGAGCGGAUCAAAACAACACAACUCUCAAAUGGAUAUAAAUGGAAUUCUCAACGCCGUUUAAGGCAUCACAAGCGCCAAUUGCUACGGCCGUAACUGCUUCGAAUCCGCAAUGGAGAGGGUAUUCGCCCAGGGUGUACAUGACAGGCUGAGCAUGAGACAAGCUUGCAAAAAAGGGGGUUGGAGUUCAACGCAG